CUUCCAGUUUGCAUAAAUCGGAACAACUUUUUUUAUAAAGAACAAAGUUAAAAAAGUCAGAAAUUAAACAAUUUGAGUGAAACUAAAUAACAUUUAUAGUUAUUACUGAUAUAAUAAACUUAUUAUUAUUGAUCUGCAUAAAAUAAUUGAGAAAUAUAAAUAAAAAAAAAAGUUGGAAAAGAUUUAUUAUACAAAUGCUGCCAUUCCGCGUUAAUAAAUUUGCGUAGCCAGAGAAGAAGAGGAGAGUUUAUGUGCUUUUUUGACGCACAUACCUACAUGCAUAUAUUUUUAUAUAUAUAAACACAAAUACAUAUGUACAGAUAGAAAUUGUUGUAACAAAAUAAAAAAACGAGAAAAUUACUACAACACCAACAUGGGUAUAAACACCGAAAGUUCUAAUAACAGUGAUGGCAACGCGGUAAAGGAUAAUGAAAUAACAACAGCAACGAAUACACUGCUACAACAGGGACAAACCAAACAAUCCCAAAACUCUGAUCCAGUUCCAGCAACCUCACAGAGUGAGGUAAGUGAAAUGCAGUUGAGUGUCUCUACGGAAGAUACACUAGAUAUGGAAACCGCAAACUCGGAGAAAUGGCAGCAAAAAUUUCGUUGGAGAAGAGUUUUUAAUACAACUGGUCCGCAGCCCCGGCCGCGACAUGGCCAUAGAGCCAUAAAUAUAAAGGAGUUAAUGGUGGUUUUUGGCGGCGGCAAUGAAGGUAUAGUUGAUGAAUUGCAUGUUUAUAAUACCAUAACAAACCAAUGGUUUGUACCCGCCAUGAAAGGAGAUGUGCCGCCCGGUUGCGCAGCUUAUGGUUUUGUUUGCGAAGGUACGCGCAUGUUUAUAUUUGGCGGCAUGAUUGAAUAUGGAAAGUAUUCAAAUGAAUUAUACGAAUUGCAAGCUACAAAAUGGGAAUGGCGCAAAAUGCAACCGGAGGCACCUGAUAAUGAUGCCCCUCCCUGUCCACGAUUGGGUCACAGCUUCACAUUAGUGGGUGAACGUAUAUUGUUAUUUGGCGGCUUGGCCAAUGAAUCGGAUGAUCCCAAGAACAAUAUACCCAAGUAUCUUAAUGAUUUAUUUAUUUUAGAAACAAGAGGUGCCCACAGUCACAAUGGCAAGUGGAUAGUACCCAAAACAUAUGGUGAGAGUCCACCGCCUCGAGAGUCUCAUACUGGAGUAAGUUUUACUUGUAAAACAACCGGAAAAUUGUAUCUUCUAAUAUAUGGAGGUAUGAGUGGUUGUCGUUUGGGUGAUUUGUGGUUGUUGGACAUCGACACAAUGACUUGGUCGAAACCUUGUACUAGGGGAAGGGCACCACUGCCUCGUUCUUUGCACAGCGCUACCAUGGUAAACAAUAAAAUGUAUAUUUUCGGUGGCUGGGUGCCUUUGGUGGUCAACGAUUCGAAAGCUACCACGGAAAGAGAGUGGAAAUGUACCAAUACUUUAGCCGUUUUGAAUUUAGACUCCAUGACUUGGGAAAAUGUUACCAUGGAUACAGUAGAGGAGAAUGUGCCACGCUCGAGAGCCGGUCACUGUGCUAUUGGCAUUCACAGUCGUUUAUAUGUUUGGUCUGGACGUGAUGGCUAUCGAAAGGCUUGGAAUAACCAAGUGUGCUGCAAAGAUCUGUGGUAUCUGGAAGUAGAUCGACCUUUAUAUGCAGUCAAGGUGGCUUUAGUAAGAGCUUCUACACAUGCUUUGGAAAUUUGCUGGCCUGCCACUACUUUUGCUUCGGCCUACGAACUACAAAUACAAAAAAUUGAACCUCCCUCGGGUAUAGUUAAAGUAAAUCCAUCUCCAGGGUCCGUAACUCCCCUAAGUGCUAAUCCGCAAAUUAUGGCCAAUGGUAAUCAAACGGGAACAGCCUUAAAUACAGCCGUCAGUGCAGGUGCAGCUACUAAAUUUCAUCGUAUACAAACUCCCACUUCUGUACCAAUUGUUCCGGCUGCAGCAGCUGCUAGUGUUACACCUAUUACCACUACCGCACCAAUCGAACAAACGCCCGCAGCAACACAGGUGCGUGCCAGCAAUACCAACCAAACAGCGGUUGUAAAUAAAUUACAAUCGCCAGUUAUAGCACAGCAGACACUGGUCAACUCUACGGUACAACCUGUUAGUACUGGAAUUUAUAUAGCACAACCCCAACAGCAAACAAUUGUGACAGCUUCAGGAGGGCCAGCAAUCACUACUCAUGCUAUCACCUCUGUUGCUGGCGGCAACUUAAAUCAAACGCCAGCCCAAUCAACAGUUGUCAGUAGUGGAUCUAAUAUCACCACCAUAUUACAAAAAUUCCGACCAACAUCUGUGGUUUCAAGGCCAGCGACCACCAGCACGGUCAGUUCGAUGGUCUCGCCUAUAACUUCCCAACAAAUGGUUAUAACGUCAGGCACAUCGGCCACUGCGGGCGCAGGAGGUUUGCGCGUAAUUAACACAGUCUCACAGCCUACCAUGGUGGCUACUAGCUCGGCCAACAGUACUGUUCGACUUGUUUCAGCUACUGGAUCACCGGCUUUGCGUUUAAGUACAGCACCUUCGACAGGCAACACUACAACUGUAUUGAAAACUACGGCUGGAACACCUGGCCAAGUUACCACAGUCAAUCAAAUUACUGGAACUCAAACCAUACAGCAAACAACAACCACUGGGGGCACAACAUCAACUACCAUCGGAGGCAAACAAUACAUCAUACAAAAACCUUUAACACUCGGUUCCAAUGUACAAUUUCAAUUGGUUAAGACCAGCAGUGGCGGAGUGGCGGUACAAACAUUUCCUAAAAUUAAUAUAAACAUGGCUAAAGGCACCGGAGCAGGUGGUCAGGGUGUAGGUCAAGCAGGCUCUGGUGUACAAAAUAAACAAACUCAGUUUAUAGUGAGUGGCAAUGUAGGUAAUGCCACGGGUCAACAGAAACAAAUCGUCCCCGGUAACUUGGUGAAGCUAGUAUCGCCCCAUACACUUAGUGGCGGUAAGGUGAUAAUGAAGAACUCUAACAUUUUGCAAGUGGGCAAAAUGACAUCAAACGUUUCCGGAAAGCCGGCAUUUGUUAUUACCAACAAACAGGGACAACAGCUGACAAAUCAACAGAUCAUUAUAGUCACUACAGGCGCUGGUAUACGUACCAUACCAUCGGCGGGCGUUGUGACGAAUGCCUCAUCUUCCAAUAUUGUUUCGAUAGUGGGAUCUACAUCUACCACGGUCUCAAGCACCACUCGCAAUGUGGUGAACACUCAAUCUGGCAUGAAAAUGCUACGUAAUGUACCCACAAGUGCCGUAAGACCCAUAACCAUCACCUCGACUGCGGGCAACAACAAUGCAACACAACAACAGCAACUUACCACACAUCAAACUCAGCAAUUUAGUGCAGGCGGCGGGGGAAUGCAUCAGAAAACCAUAACAUUGGGUGGCAAAGCCGUAACAGUGCAAAUGUCCUCUAAUCCAACUACCAUAACAGCAGUACCGAAAACCGUAACGAUAGUCGCUUCCAAUAGUGGCCAAUCCCAAACACAAAAUCAAAUUAUCACCACUGGUGGUACGAGCGGCGGCACUACCGGUAAAUUGGUAAUGGUACCCACAAACUCGGCAUCAGCAACUGGCAAGAAGGGUUUUGUUAACAUCUUCAAUGCCAGCAAUACCCUACAACGUACUAUUACAUUGUCAUCUAAAGGUACAGUUGUGCAACACCCCGCUCAACAACAAAACAUCACAACUGCAGCUACAAUGAGCGGUGGUGGUUCCGGCGAUACCAACGACGCCAUUGCUAUUGCUCUCGGAGAUCAAUCAUGCAACGAGGGUGACACCAUGGAUGACAUCAUUGAACAGUUAGACGGAGCUGCAGAGACUACCUAUGAUGAAGGCAUCGACGAAGAUAUUGAUACAACAAUGAACCACCACAAUCAGCAAAGUGAUAACAAUGAUAGCUUGCAUCGCUUUGAUUAUCAGGAUAAUUUAGAUUUGAGAUACAAUUUAGCAGAUCACUUAAAUACUACUACUACUCAAUCAAAAACAUCUGAAUUAGAAGCAACAACAACAGCGCCAUUACCAACAACAAUAGCUAAUUACGUAUGCGGAUCAAUAUGAAGAUUUUUUCAUAAUUAUUAUUAAUAUAUUAUACAUAUUAUGUUUAUUAAGCUAGAAUACACAUUAUAACAAUAAGUUCAUCGGAUGAAAUUGUUGGUUAAAUGAAUUCGGAUCAUUUUCUCCCUCUCUCUCCCGAUUAAUGCAAACAAACCAGUUUAAGUUUUUUUUUUAAUUCAAUAGAUUCACACUCAAACAGAAACACAUACACAUACUGUAUGAAAUCACUAAUACAUAUACUUAUGUAUUUCUUAAUCAUUCAUUCAUUUAUUUUACUUUCUGUAUGCUUUAUUCCUUUUCGUAUUUAAUGUUUCUGUAACAUUUUAUGAAUUAGAUGUAAUCAAAAUAAUUUUUGACUUUGAAAAUAAUAAAGGAAUAAAAAUAACAAAAAAAA